AUGCGUUUCACACGCGCUUUAACUUGUUUCAUACUAUGGAGUGCAGUCUGCGCGUGUCCGCCUCCGAGCCAGAAUGCCAGCAUCACUUCAGACUCCUUGAACCAGGGACGCUGCCUCUUCAGAUCCAUCCUGCCGUCAGAUACAGCUGUGCAGGUACUGAUGUGUGUCUUUGUAGUGAUGACUAUCAUCGCACUUGCCAUCAACGGCUGCACUCUGUUCAGUCUUGGCAGUUCAGAAGACUUAUCCUGGGAGCCACGCUUCGCUCUGCUGAAGAACCUCAUAGUAAGUGACCUCCUACUCACUGUAACCCAAGGUCCAACAGUGGUAUACUGUCUGCUGCAGAAGACCACGCUGCCGUAUGGAGCUUGGUGCAUCACUCAGUUCUUUAUUGACACUGUUUGUGUUUUCUGCACCGUGCUUACUAUCACCUGCAUGGCUUUGGAGCGUUACCUGUACGUGUGCCAGGCUAUCUACUACAUUAGUAUACUAACCACCAAGCGCCUUAACUUGAUAGUCAGCCUCACGUGGCUUUUUUCGAUAUCCUUUUCCGCAGUGAUCACAGCUUUGCUCAGUUUAGGGCACAAGAGCUCAUUGCUGGGUAAGCCUAUAACCGGACUCCUUUGUGAGCCGGACACCUUGGAGGCCCACCUUGGCUUUCCACGCGGCUCUGCGGUGUUUCGAAAAGUAGUUGGGCUUGUGGUGACGCUGCUUUGCAUCUGUUCCUACUCGUUCUCGUAUCUCCGCAUGUAUCAGGAGGCGCGUAAUGCCGUUCAGCCUUUUCAGCAGGUCAACAAGAGGGCCCGCAACACCGUAAUGUUCUACUGCUCCAUGCUGCUGCUUCAGCUGCUCCCCAUCUUUCUGAAAAUUGCCUCGGAUGCUCUGUGGGAACUCGAGGGCAACAUGGCAAUGUUCCACUCGCUGGAUUACACUGGAGACUGGACGUCAGCGGGGACCCUCCACAUCAUGCUGCUGGUGAUGCUUCAGGUGCCUCCUUGCAUUAAUCCACUCAUCUACGGUCUGCGCAACAGGGAGGUGAGGGAAGCUCUGCCCAGGCUGCUGUGGUGGAGGAGGGACAACCGCUAA